AUGGACGCGCCUCCUUCAGCUCUCUCGCUAUCGGCUCCACACGACGAAUCCGUCCAGGAUUCUCCGUCCACCGUUCCCACCACCCCUCAGGAGCCACCUGGGUCCGCGGCAUCAGACAAGCCUAAGUUCCAAUCCAACUCUGGGUCGAAGGGAGGAGAUCGCAGAAAUAAACGAAAGGAUCUGGGAGGGAAAGCUUGGAGGCAGCGGAACGAAACCGGGCAAGCCGCUAAACGCCGGAAGACCGAAGAUGGGGAAGAUAUACCGAUAUAUGCGACUCAGUUUUCCAAAGAAGACAUUGAGGCUGACCAACGACGACCCAAGAGGAAGGUCGCGGUUUUGCUUGGAUACUCUGGGACUGGUUAUCAUGGAAUGCAAAUGAGCACAAAAGAGAGGACCAUCGAAGGCGAAAUAUUCCCAGCUUUGGUUGCUGCCGGUGCAAUUUCCAAGGCUAACGCGAUGGACCCAAAGAAGUCAUCCUUCGUUCGAUGCGCAAGAACUGACAAAGGCGUACAUGCGGCAGGGAAUGUCAUAUCGUUGAAACUGAUAAUAGAGGACCCCGACCUUGUAAAGAAAGUCAACGACAUUCUGAGCCCGCAGAUUCGAAUAUGGGGCAUUGAACCGACAAACAAGGGCUUUAGUUGCUAUCAGUUUUGCGACUCGAGGAUUUAUGAAUAUCUAAUACCGACGCAUUGCUUUAUACCCCCUCAUCCCAGCACAUUCUUGGCUAAAAAGUUACAAGAAGCGGCCGAAAAAGAAGGAGACCUUGAAGCCCACCGGAAAAGACAAGAAGAGGUGCUUACAUACUGGGAGGACAUUGACAAUGAAUAUAUCAAGCCCAUCCUCAGCGAUUUGCCAGAAGCUACAAGGAUUAAAGUGCAAGAGGCUCUCUGUAUCAAAGACCAAAAAGCAGGAAACCAGAGCGAGACGUCCGGAAUCGGUUCCGCCCAGGAGGAUCAAGGAGGGCUUGAACACGAUUCUGAUGACCGAGCUAUUGACGCAGUCAUCAAGUCUGUCCGGGCCGCCUACUUCAAGGCGAAAAGGGCAUAUCGGAUUCCCCCCGCUCGUCUGGCUCGUGUCCAAGAGGUGCUAGAUCUAUACGUUGGCACCCGAAAUUUCCAUAAUUACACCAUCCAGAAAACAUUCCGCGACCCUUCCGCCAAGCGGGUGAUCAAAUCAUUCAAGAUCUCAAAGGAUCCCAUCAUCAUUGGCGGUACAGAGUGGUUGAGUCUAAAAGUCCACGGCCAAAGUUUCAUGAUGCAUCAAAUUCGAAAAAUGGUCGCGAUGGCCGCCUUGAUUGUACGAUGCGGCAGCGAUCCCCAAUUGAUAGCGCAGAGCUACGGGCCACCAAAGAUACCGAUCCCAAAAGCGCCUGGGUUGGGACUACUUCUUGAGCGACCGAUCUUCGACACAUACAAUAAAAAAGCCACCAAGGAUCUGGGCAAGAACCCAAUCGACUUCAGCAAGUACGAGAAAGAGAUAGACGAGUUCAAAAAUAGAGAGAUAUAUGAACGGAUUUUCCGCGAGGAAGAGGAGACGAAUGCUUUCGGCAAUUUCUUCAAUCACAUUGACACUUUCCGCGAAGACGCAUUCCUCUACGUCACGUCGUCGGGAGUCCCGGCGGCUCCGGAGGGCGCAGCGCCCUCCACCGCCGAAGCUGGCAAGAAUAAGGAUGCCCUGGCGGAGGUGGAAUCGGAGUCUGAAGAUGAAGUUGUAAAUGGCGGUGAAGAAGGAGGUUGA